AUGCGAGUACCAGAUUUGCCGUUCUUCAAAGGGUUGAGCGAUAAGGAUGUUCAGGAAUUUGUGAGUAUCGCGAAAAACACGACUCUCCCAAAAAAUGAGAUUGAAGCCAAGGAAGCCGACUGGGCUACAGAAAAGAAAAUUAGGGAACAAUAUGACGAGUUCGUUCAAAAUGUGACCGAUACAAAAUCGGAAGUCCAUCGAAUUCGAACCGACCUUGUUAACCAGCUCAAUUCAAAAAUGGAUGAGCUGGAAGGUAUCGAAGACGAUAAGACGCUCACCCUCCCGGAAGUAGCAAAUAAAACAGCUGCUUUCUGGGCAACGCUAAAAACCGAAGACGAUAGACUGGCGAGAGCAAUCUUCAUGGUUCGCAACCUCACCGGCAUCGCACUUUUUCCGGCAGUCACCCAAAAGCCAAACGUUACACCGAUGAUUGCUGCUGGACCAGUAACCAUCACGAUGAAGGCAGGCUCAGCGGCCGCCAGCGCGAGCUCUACUCCCCAACAAAAUAACUCGACGAGCGUC